AUGUUAGAUCAGACGAAACUUUUAAAUUCACUAGUCGUGAAUUAUACUCUAAAUGAUAAUACUGUCGAUUCUUUUGUACCUUUUAUUCUUGAAACUAUAACACACUAUCAGUUACUGGUCACAGAGAAGGUUAAUAAUGCAAAGCAAGAAAUCAGCUUGGCAGAACAAGGUCCAAUUCAUAAAUGGUGUACACGUAUUAAUUCCUUGCUGCAGUCCAAAGUUAAUGGUGCGAAAUGGGCUGGGGUUUCUUUUGUGAAAAUUUCUAUCCAACAAUCUGAGACACUGUUUACUCAGAACUUACAAUCAUGGUCCUCUGCUUUAUUAACUUUGCUAACGCGACCGGAAUCAACUCUUAUUUUGUCCGAUGUCAUUUUGACACUUUCUAAUAUGUUUGGAAAAACAAUUAACAAACCUGAGUUACAAAGGGAGGUAACUUCACACCAACUUCCUCGUUUUAAUACGACACUCUUAAAUCUAUCUGAAAAUAAAGAACUUUUG